AAAAACCACAACACGACUCAAUUAUCACGUGAAAAUUGUAUUACAAAGUAAACAAUCAGAUGUCGUAUUUAGAUAAUCUACAAUGUAUCAAUUUGGCUAGAUUGUUAAUCACGGGAUUCACUUGUUCUUGUCACUUGUCUCGCUGAAUUCCCCGAUGUAUGACAAGUGAGUGGCAAAAGAACUUCGGAGUCACAAUCCCCAAAUCGGCGGAGUCAGCGAGCGGCAGUGGAGCCUUAUAACCCCCGCAUGUCGACAACCGCAGCUCUCCAGCGUUAACCAACAUUACAUUCUUCACAUUUCAACAUAUACAUCUCCUGAAAUCUACUUGUAAAAUGUCAGAAACCGACCGUCGGUCACUACAACAAAGUCUCACCGCCGCAAACCGACACUUCUCGCCAUAGAAACAAACAAGACCUCUUAUGUCUCCUCAUCCUGGAGUGCCCAUAGCUUCUUGGGACUUCGGUCCCUGUAUCGAACUGCUUCUGCAGGGCGUGAAGUCCGACAACACUGGCUCAUCGCCGCGGCUGAACAAUGCCUCCUCGACAAACAUACCUGGUAGAAACCAAGACGUUGCCACCACCGGAAGCACUCCAAGUCUAGGGAAUUUCGAUGCCAUUUUCAAGCACCUAGGCACCGAGGCUAUCGAUAUACCCAUCAAAGCAAACCAUCCAUCAUCUUCAGACGAAACGUCUGAAGAUGUAGGCUCAUACUCUACCGCGGCCUCCACACCGCCGGACGAAGAACCGAGAUAUUUUGACUUGUGCAUGAUGCCUAGGGCGGUCGGAGCGAAUGAAGAUAUUCAAAAUUACAAAACAAAACUGGGACUGAAUAAUAAUGCACAAAAUAAACUGAAGAAAGUCACCCUGCCCAACGGAGAAAAACAGCAGCCAAACAAUUCCGUGUCAACGACCGAACUAUAUCGUCAGCUUAAGGCCGCCCGAAGAUUGGACUCGACCGUUCCACUCCCAAGUUUCGGAUGGGUGCCGGAUGCCCUGCCUACCACGCCGGUACGGAGAAGUGAGCGCAUACUUAACAAAGCCAAGAAGUCCACAGCUAUAGUUGACGUCCAUGCGACACCAACACAUUUUUCAACAGCACGAGCUGCUGCAAUCAGCACGCAUAAGUCAGUCGGCCGUCGCCAGAGCUUACCUGCAGAUACUCCGCGUAUUCUGCUGGAUCCCAAAGUGAUAAGACCUCUGCUUUAUGCGUCUCAUGAUACGAAGAAGCUUAGAAUUGCUGAAAAGCUCAUGCUAAGAUUCGGGCCAACAUCGAGUACGAUUGAGGGCGACCUUAUCCGCGCUAUGGGCCAUGUUGGCGGCAAUGAACGUCCAGAUGGCAUCCAUGUGUUCGUUGAUAGCUCCAACAUCGCCAUCGGAUUUGCAGAGGCGCUCAAAAGAGCACGGGGAAUGGACAAAAAUGAAUUUACGAAAUUACCACCACUGGCAUACCAUUCGCUGGCCUUGAUCAUGGAACGUGGUCGAGGUGUCGCGAAACGGGUUCUGGUGGGGUCCAGUCGCGAUAACGUGCGAUUGGAUUACAUGUACGAAGCAGCCCAGUGCGGCUAUGAAGUUUCAGCGCUCGAGCGCGUGGAGAAGUUCAAGGAGGCGAAAGAGUCGGAUAUUGAAAAAUAUAAGCGGCUAGGAAGAGCCAAUGGAAACAACACGUCUUCCGGUAGCGGCGGCGAGGCUCCUCUCAACGCCUUUAAAACGGUUACUGAGCAAGGCGUGGACGAGAUUCUCCAUAUGAAGAUGCUGGAAAGCAUGGUUGAUACGGAUUAUCCUUCCACAAUGGUCGUCGCCACUGGAGACGCCGCCGUGGCGGAGUACUCCUCUGGCUUUCUCAGGAACGUCGAAAGGGCUCUUGAGCGGGGAUGGAAAGUUGAGCUCGUCGCUUGGAAGCGUAGUAUAAGCUACGCCUACCGCGACAAGGCAUUUGCAAAGAAGUGGGCGGGGCAGUUCACGAUAGUGGAACUCGAUGACUUCCAGGAGGAGUUGUUGGGGAUCUAUACGAAAGGCCCGCGCACUUUUGAUGCGUCGAAUUUUGUGUAGCUCGGGGCUCCUGUGUCAUAUUUUUUACAACACACAGCGAGCGAUCUGCUGCAGUGAUUUGAUUUACUCGUCGGCUGCUGUAAUAUGCGCGGAUGGGUUGUUGGAUUUAUACUGUAUGAUAUAGCAGAUUAUGGCAUUGGCUGGGACCAGGCAUGAGAGCAUUGAUGAUUGUAUUUUUGGAGGAUUUCCCUUCACAGCGUCUACUUGCUUUUUGUAGGAUUUUACUUUACAGCGUCUGAUACAUAUUGAAUGGAUCCAAUCAUUGGCAAGCGGAAAGUUUGGGUGGUGCAAUAGUAGUAUAGAAAAUUCUAUGACACUGUGUGUACCGCAAAAUUAUCUCUUUAGAAAUUCUUCUAAUAUUUUGUGUGAUUGAUAAAUUUUUGAGUCAUUGUUAUUUUAACAUGGAAAUCUUCAUAUAUUUAAU